GUCGCCACGGCAGUUCCGAUGGCGGCCGCACCGAAACGUCGGUCGAUUUUAUCAAUUUCCAAAAUUUUCCUGCUAUCUGUCGGAAUGUGGAAACUUGAAUUACCGUUCCGGCAUCCCGCCGCAGUCAAAUUUUACUCGGUAUUUUCUAAAUUGAUGCCAGGCUACUUCGCGAUGCUGGCAUUGUCGAUGUCCGUGCAGUUCGCGAUAACGUUGACGACAAAUUUUUCCAAUCCGGACUUGUUCAAGCACCUCUCUUUCGUCAUAAUCAUAGGCACCGCCUAUUACGUCACGCUGGUCAUCAGGAGCGACGGUUUCGUCGAGCUGAUCUCUCGAGUUGAACGAGAGGAGAAGAGACUCGCUCGUAGCGAAGUGGCGGAAAUUUUACUUUCCCACUUGAAAGUAAUCCGCUUCAGCAAUGCCGUGGGCACUACCUUCCUCGCUCUGUCCAUCUGUACGGGAGCAGCCCUCAUCUGGGAAAACUUUUGGUCCAACAUGAAGGUGCUCAACUACAACAAGAAAUAUAAUACUUCCCUCGUGAGGCCCAUUCUCAUCGACUUGUAUUUCUUUAAUUUAAACAAACGGAAACACGAAACUCUAAUGCUGAUAGUCACGGAGAUCAUGCUGGUCAUCAACACCCAUGUUGUAUCUUCCACGAAAGUUAUCGUUUAUACUUGCAUAAUGUUUGCUGCGUCAGCGUUGAGAUGUCUGCAGAUAAGGUUCCGGAAACUAGGUUUGCGGCAAGAAGACGCCUUGGCCGAUUUAAAACUCCUAAUACAGGAACACCAGGAAGUAAUUGAAUUCGUAGAGAACUUGAACAAAUCCAUCAAGUAUUUGCUCCUGUUCGAGUAUUUUCUGCACUCGCUGAACGUAGCUGCAGUCUCAGUUCAGGUCCUAACGUACGACUCCAAGAUGCUAAUGAGACCUGCGUGCUACUUAACAUUCGUGCUGGUACAGGUUUUUAUUUUAGGUCUCGUCACGGAUGAAAUAAAGGUCGAGAGUCUCGCACUGUCAGACGCGUUGUACGAUAGCCCUUGGUACAACCAGAACAAGACCUGUAGGAAAAUGCUCCGGAUCGUAAUGAUUCGAGCUCAAAGGCCUCUGGAGUUAACCAUAGGGCCAUUCAAUCCAAUGACCAUGGAGUCAGCUUUGGCGAUUUUGAAAGCUUCGUAUUCGUACGUUACCCUGAUAUCCCAAAAUGCACAAUAAAAAAAGCUUAAAGUCUAAAAGUGAGAUCUUGAUUCAUUGCCUCUUAGCUAGCUGCUUGGAUGAAAUUUCCGGGAAAAGUUUCCUUUUACACUGUAUAAUCUGGUCAGAUUUAAAACCAAAAUUUGCUUCAAACAUCCAACAACUUGUGACAAAAAAUGUAUAUUUAUGAUACUUUUAAUUGAUUGAUUUGACAUUUUUCGUUAUUGCUAUUUCGAUAUUCGAUAUUUCACUAAAAAUUGAAAAACUUUACCAAAACACUUUGUAAAAAGUUCUCCUGUUCAAGAAUAAACCCGAAAUCGGCUUUCUUGUCCACGCUUCGUGUUCGUAGGUUAUCCUGAUAUACCAAAAUGCACAGUAAAUAAAGUUCACAAUCUAAAAUUGGGAUCGUGAUUCAUUCGACCUGAUUUUAGGGUAGCUGCUUUGAUUAAAUUUCUGGGAAGCAGGUUUCCUUUUGUGUACUAAAAAAUGUAUAUAUACGAUACUUUUAUAAAUAUUCUUGAUCCUGAUUUAUUCGACUUGAUCUUCAUUUAUUCCACUUGAUCUUAGGCUAACUGCUUUGAUUAAAUUUCGGGGAAGAAGGUUUCCUUUUAUGCUGUAUUAUUUGAUCAGAAUUAAAACCAAAAUUUGCUUCAAACAUCCCCACCAACACCUGCCAAAAAAUAUAUAUUUAGCAUACUUUUAUAAAUAAUCCACUAAGAAUAUGUAGCUUAAUAUUAUUUUAAUUAUAGAUUAAUUACUUGAUUGAAAAACACAUAGUUUUGCUAUUGCUGCAUAUACGUAUAAGAAACUAUUGGGUUAAAUUGGUUAAGGCUUUCGCGGCCCGUUGAUAAGCUAUUAUCUUGAUUCGGGUUUAAAGGCCGUCGUCGAUUGGAAUUACUUCCUAACGUUUCGCUAGCACGAGUGGCGAGCUUCUUCAGAGGUCCUUCCAUCCCCGAUGUUGGACGUACACUGACGAUUUCUCCUGCGCAGGU